GCUGCACAUUGUAGCCCAGCCAGGAAGUGAUACUGAGGGGCGUGAACCAACGUGGGGCUCCUGUUUUGAUCUGCAGUGCUGUAGUGGAAAGUGAGUCUGAGGCACAGAACAGUUGCUGCACAUUGCAUUUUGGCCCCAAACUAUUUCAUUAUGGAUGGCCAGGAGGACUCUGAUAUAUCUGCAACCAUGGGCUUUUCUGGAUUUGGGAAAAAAGCACGGACGUUUGACUUGGAAGCAAUGUUUGAGCAGACACGUAGAACAGCUGUAGAGAGGAGCAAAAAAUCUUUGGAAACAAGAGAGAAAGAAGAAGAGAAAAAAUGUGAUGCCCAAAUAAAUAGAAACACCAUUCCAAAGCCUGUUGCUUCCAGCUCUGUGAUGAGAACAACUAAACAAUCCAGUUCCAGUAGGGGCAGUAGGGACAGUUCAGAUGAUGAAUUCAUUGGGCCACCUCCACCACCUAAUGUGUCUGGGUACAAUGAAGAUGAAGUGAGGCCUCCACUUCCCCCUGGUUACAAGGACAGUGAUGAGGAGUAAGACAACAAGCAUAAAGAGGAUGAUAAUCCUGUUAAAAGAAUUCCAGACUCACAUGAAGUUACACUGCAGCACGGCACAAAGACUGUUUCUGCCUUAGGAUUGGACCCUUCUGGCGCCCGUCUGGUAACUGGAGGUUUUGACUACGAUGUUCAAUUUUGGGAUUUUGCAGGGAUGGACGCUUCCCUUAGAGCAUUUCGAUCACUUCAGCCUUGUGAAUGCCACCAGAUAAAGUCCCUACAGUACAGCAACACUGGAGAUGUCAUUCUUGUGGUAGCAGGAAACUCUCAGGCUAAAGUGCUUGAUAGAGACGGUUUUCCUGUCAUGGAAUGUGUAAAAGGAGACCAGUACAUUGUGGACAUGGCAAACACUAAGGGUCACACUGCCAUGCUUAAUGGAGGAUGCUGGCAUCCAAAGAUAAAAGAAGAAUUUCUCACCUGCUCCAAUGAUGGAACUGUGCGGACCUGGGACGUUAACAACGAGAAGAAGCAUAAAAAUGUCUUUAAGCCAAGAUCUCUACAGGGCAAGCGUGUGAUUCCUGUGUGCUGCACCUACAGCAGAGACGGCAAACUUCUAGCUGCUGGAUGCCAGGAUGGUUCCAUCCAGAUCUGGGACAGAAAUAUGAAUGUUCACACAAAGUUCCACUGCAGACAAGCUCAUGUUCCUGGUACGGACACUUCCUGUGUGACUUUUUCGUAUAGCGGAACUAUUCUUGCAUCUCGAGGAGGUGAUGAUACCAUAAAAACUUGGGAUAUUAGAAACUUUAAGAAGCCCCUAAAUAUGGCCUCUGGGUUAUCCAACUACUUCCCUAUGACUGAUUGCUGUUUCAGCCCUGAUGACAAACUUCUGAUAACUGGCACAUCAGUCAAGAAAGCAGAAGGCUGGGGAAAAUUAUUAUUCUUUGAUGUAGCUUCUUUCCAGAAGAUUUAUGAAAUUCAAGUCACUGAUGCAAGUGUGGUUCGAUGUCUUUGGCACCCAAAGCUUAACCAGAUCAUGGUUGGAACUGCUAAUGGAUUGGCAAAAAUAUAUUAUGAUCCAGUCAAAAGCCAAAGGGGGGCCAAACUAUGUGUUGUUAAAACAAACCGAAAGGAGAGGCAAGCAGAGACCCUUACCCAGGAUUACGUUAUUACUCCACAUGCUCUUCCAAUGUUCAGAGAACCACGUCAGAGAAGCACAAGAAAACAGCUGGAAAAAGAUAGACUGGAUCCAGUGAAAUCCCAUAAGCCAGAACCACCAGUAGCGGGACCAGGUCGUGGUGGUCGUGUGGGCACCCAUGGAGGCACCUUGUCAUCAUUCAUUGUAAAGAAUAUCGCUCUGGACAAGACUGAUGAUAGUAACCCUCGAGAAGCUAUUCUACGCCAUGCAAAAGAUGCAGAGAAAAACCCUUACUGGGUAGCGCCAGCAUAUUCUGUAACGCAGCCCAACGCCGUCUUUGCCGAGGUGGAUUCCGAUGAAGAUGAGCCAGACAAUGAGCCAGAAUGGAAAAAGCGUAAGAUUUGAAGACGGAAAGUUUGAAAGUUCAUUACACGUGUUUUUUGUUUUGUUAACCCAUUCUCUACCAGAUGGUUUUGCAGAACAUGUGAACAAUGUAUUCCUGGCACCUAUAACCAUGGUUUUUUUUAGACUUUUUUUUUAUUCGUCGCCAAGUGAAGAAAAUAAAGUACAAAUUAACUAAAA